AUGGAUUUCGUUAGGCCUCCGCAAGAGCUGUCCUCAUCGACUGGGACACCUUCCUCAUCAUCAACUACACUCUCCACAACACAAAACAAAACGGCCACAUAUCCGGCUGACUCAUCACACACGCCCUCGCUUCUCACACACUCUCCCCUCCCCCCGAAACCGCUACCAAUCAUGGCGGACCCAGUCGUUGAUGCCUUCGCAGGCAUGAAGAAGAAGAAGAAGAAGGUCAUGGCCCUCGACCUCGACGAGAUCGCUGCCCCCGCUGCGCCCGCCGCUGAGGCCGCUGCAACCAGCACCGAGUCGGCCGAGCCUGUGGCCGAGGACAAGCCCGCAGAGGACGCGGGGGACAUGUUCGCCGACCUGAAGAAGAAGAAGAAGAAGAAGAAGGACAUUCCUCUCGACCUCGAGGGCACCGAGUCGCCCGCGGCCGAUGCCACCGACGUUCCCAUUGUCAAGAAGAAGAAGAAAAAGCCUGCUGCCGACUUUGCUGCUGAGCUUGACGAGCUUGACGCCGAGAAGGCUGUCGAGGAGGACACUGUCGACCUCUCGGCAUCGGCUGACGGUGGUGUCGACCCCUGGGUUGCGGAGAACCGUAACGCCACCUACCCCGAGCUGCUCCAGCGCUUCUACACCCUCCUGCACGUCAACAACCCCGAGCUCGCUGGCGAGAAGCGCCGGUUCACCAUCGUCCCUCCUCAGGUCACCCGCGAGGGAACGAAGAAGACGUCGUUUGCCAACUUUGUCGACAUCUGCCGCCGUCUUCACCGUCAGCCAGAGCACGUCCUCAUGUUCCUGUACGCCGAGUUGGGUACCCAGGGCUCGAUGGACGCUGCGCAGCGUCUCAUUCUUCGUGGUCGCUUCAACCAGAAGCAGAUCGAGAACGUGUUGCGCAAGUACAUUGUCGAAUACGUCACCUGCAAGAUCUGCAGGUCCCCCGACACGCUCCUCGGCAAGGAGAACCGUCUGUACUUCCUUACUUGCGAGAGCUGUGGUUCGCGCCGGUCGGUCGUCGCCAUCAAGGCCGGUUUCCAGGCCCAGGUGGGCCGCCGUGUCAAGAAGGGAUAA